GGGACAUUACAUUAUUGCGGUUUAAACUUUAAAAGACAAGCAAAGAGUGCUGAGACAGCGACAGCAACAGCAACAUUCAUUCAUUCACAUCCAAAUCCAUCACACUUCCAGAUUCUAAUUGCCAACACAAUUCACAUUCACACCCUCUUCUUGGAUUGUAUAGUUUCGUGUGUUCCUAUCUGAAUAUUCUGGCCCCUAGAAAAGUCCAUGCCUAGAUUUCCAAGGCCAUGGAAGAUGAAAGAGGGAGUCUCCUACUACCAAAGAACAUGGAGGAGCACCACCCAGCACAUGAUCGUGGAACAACAGAAUUAAGGAACUUCAGAUCAUACCUGAGAUGGGUUUACGUGGAUCACUCCAACGUGUGCAAAGCUGGUCUUUCUUGGACCGUGUUCUUCACUUUAGCCUUUGUUGUGCCAACACUCUCGCACUUUCUACUUGAUUGUCCCACCUGCGACCGUGAUCAUAGUCGACCAUACCACAUACCCGUGCAGAUUUCUCUCUCCGUCUUCGCUGCCCUCUCUUUCAUCAGUAUUUCUUCGUGGGAUCGUAGGUAUGGCUUCAGAAAGUUUCUCUUCCUUGAUAAAUUAGGUGAUGAAAGCCUCAAGAUUCAACGAGGGUACUCAGAACAGAUGCAGGGAACCAUGAAGCUUAUCAUGCGUUGGGGGCUUCCCUGUUUCAUAGCAGAAUGUGCCUACAAGAUAUGGUGGUACGUCUCGGGAGCAUCACAAAUACCACAUUAUGGUAGUAUAUACGUGAGCAGCAUCAUUCUGUGCACAUUGGACCUAUGUUCUUGGCUGUAUAGAACAUCCAUUUUCUUCCUGGUGUGUGUUCUCUUUCGGCUUAUCUGCUACUUGCAAAUACUUAGACUAGAUGAGUUUGCUCGAGUUUUUCAGCGAGAAACUGAGGUGGGGUCAAUCUUGUUGGAGCACCUAAGAAUGAGAAGGAAUCUUCGGAUCAUAAGCCAUCGUUUCCGAGGUUUCAUUCUAGCUUCUCUGCUUUUGGUGACAGCAAGCCAACUCAUUUUUCUGCUUAUGGUUACAAAACCUCAUGCUGAUGUUGAUAUCCUCAAGGCUGGAGAGCUUGCGUUAGUCUCCAUCACCCUGGUGAGUGGACUUCUCAUCCUCUUGCGAGGCGCAACCAAGAUCACGCAUAAAGCACACUCCAUUACAGGCCUUGCUGCUAAGUGGCACAUAUGUGCUACCAUAAACUCGUUUGACAACAUUGAAGGAGAGACACCAACAACUGCACAUGCAAUUUCAGCCCAAGCUAUUGCUACCAAUAUUAGUUGGGGAUCUUCGGAUGAUGAUGAGGUAGGAGAUGAGGAGGAUGACUUAGAUAACACCAAAUUGUUGCUGCCAAUUUACACCCAAACUAUCUCAUUCCAUAAGAGGCAGGCUCUAGUGACAUACUUGGAGAACAAUAGAGCAGGAAUCACAGUGUUCGGAUUCAUGCUUGACAGAACUUGGCUUCACUCCAUUUUUGGCAUUCAAUUGGCUCUUUGCCUUUGGCUACUUAACAAGACAGUUGGUGUAUAGAGACAGAAAGGAACUGCUGUGAUCCUCCUAUCUUGUUUACUGUAUAUUUUGAAUAUUCACCGGUUCAUUUUGGUCUUGAGAUAUCUGGUUAUGAUCUACAAAUACCACUUUGUCGGGAUCUUUUUGCCUAAUUAACAGACAAAGGACUUGGAUUGUCUGUGAGAUCCCAUGCCCACCACAAUUCCAAUAUGCCAAAAUUUUAAAUUUUGAAUGGUGAUUAGUCCACAGCUCAUGGACUAAAAAAAAUAAAGAAAAACUAACUUCUCAGUUGAUGUGUGGAUGUGGAACCUUUCCAACAGUUCCUUUCAGUUUUCCUCCA